GGAAAUCAGAAGCAAACAGGAAUUAGGAAAUUAGGAAUUAUCCACAAAUGUUUAUUCGAUUAUUAGGGUUAAGUGAAAGAGAAUAGAACACAGAAAAUUCCCAAAAAAAAAUCCCCAAUUUCCAAUCCGUCGCUAACGCUCGAAUUCUCUCGCAUUACCUUCCAGACAAACAGCACGCACAAAAUAACAGCUCUGAGAAGUCAUCCUCUCAACCUAGAAAACCAAACGCUACCCUCUUUUUCUCUCUCACUCUCUAUAAGUUUGAGCAGCAAAGCACAAAUCUUUGUGUUCUUCACCCGGUUCCUGUAUUACAGGGAUUUCUGCAUAGGGAAGAUAAUUGUUUUGUUUAUGUCUCACUAAAACUGGUUGUUUUGCGGUGCUGCGCUCGCGUGGCAACAAUCAGCAGUGAAGAAUCAUCUGAAACAGAUGAACUUUGAUUAUUAUGUCUGAACAACUGAUAGAAGGUCUCCCCGACGCUGUUGCCCUUAGGUGCCUUGCAUGGGUUCCCUUCUAUCUCCAUCCCAAGUUGGAGCUUGUUUCUCGUUCCUGGCAAGCUGCCAUUCAUAGUGCUGAACUUUUUAGAGCUCGACAGGAAGUUGGCUCAUGUGAGGAUCUAUUAUGCGUGUCUGCUAAUGAACCAGAUAAUUUAUGGCAGCUAUAUGAUCCUCGUCGAGACCUUUGGAUUACACUCCCUGUUCUCCCCUCUAAAAUAAAAAACCUUUCCAACUUCGGCACUGUCUCAACUGCUGGAAAACUGUUUGUUCUUGGUGGUGGCAGUGAUGCUGUUGACCCACAGACUGGUGACCAUGGUACCUUUUCAACCAAUGAGGUUUGGUCAUACGAUCCUGUAAUUAGGCGAUGGAGCCCACGUGCAUCUAUGCUUGUUCCUCGUGCAAUGUUUGCAUGCUGUGUUUUAGGUGGAAAGAUUGUUGUUGCAGGGGGUUUAACCAGCUGUCGGAAAUCAAUCUCUUUAGCAGAAAUGUAUGACCCUGAUAACGAUGUGUGGGCUCCAAUUCCUGAUCUACAUUUAUCUCAUAAUGCUGCAUGCUCAGGGAUAGUGAUUGGAGAAAAGAUGUACGUCUUGCACAGGGGUUUAUCAACGGUGCAAGUCUUCGACAAUGUGGGGCUUCAAUGGACGGUAGAGGAUUAUGGUUGGCAACAGGGUCCAAUGACAGUCAUUAAGGGUGCACUUUAUGUGAUGAGCCAUGGAGUUAUCUCCAGGCAAGACAGAGAAUCAGAGAAGGUAUUGGUUUCGGCUUCUGAGUUUGGUGGCAGAGUUGGGUUUGCAAUGGCUGGGCUAGGAGAUGAAAUUUAUGUGAUUGGUGGGGUGAUCCUCUCUGAACAUGGGACCUCUGAAAUCAAGCAAAUAUCAGACGUUGAUGUUCUCACGAUCGGAGGUGAAAGACCAACUUGGCGCCAGGCAGCUCCGAUGACACGGUGCAAAGGAAGUGUUUAUGGUUGUGCACAGUUGAGAAUUUAGGUCUCAUUUCUGGUCGCUAUUUGUUGUUGUUUCGUAGGUGCUCUUCAUGAUGGUUUUCAUUCCUGCUAGAAGGAAUUGGCCACAUGCCAGCUGCCUUUUUGUUAUCGCCGGUCGGCUUUGUGUCAUGUUACGACUUGAGUUCCCCUCGGAACUCCUAUAUCCGAAGGCAGCACGGUAAAAGGCCGAAGCGCCAUUGGAAGAGGUAACAGUUCAGUAGUACAAGAAUUAUAUGAGGUUUCUCAUGGAUCAAGCACUUGUUUUCUUUUGUUUUCUUUCCUGGAUAAUUGAACAAAGAAUCUUAAUGUAUGUCCGUAUCUUAUUUAAAUUUCUUUCAUUCAUGUUUAUUAGAUGGGGAAA